GCCGCCGCGCGCGUUCAGUAGUAGUGCAGCGUUGAUCCCGUUCAGUUCAGUUCAGUUCGCUCAUCGAUGAUUCGGUUCCGUCACCGUGUGUGAGCUUACCGUAGCAAAUCGUGUGAUAGUGGUUCAGAAGCAGCAGUGAAAAACAGUGCGCCACGGCCAUCGAAAUCUGAUUGGCGGCGCGCGCUCUCGUGUGUGUGUUUUUCAUAUUACUACGCGGUGGGUUUCCUGUGGUGUGUAACCCUCAACCCUAGCCGAAGGGUCGGUUGGGGCGUUAAACGGGGGAGCCCGUACAAAUCUACCGUUUUACGAGGUGAACCACGGCUUUUAAUUCAUUCAAUCCGGCGAACGUCGCGCACCCCUCGUUCCCAAAUCCCAGCUGAAAUCGAGUGUUUGUGGAACAAAAACCGGUGAACCAAUCAAGCAAAUAAAACCAACAACAAAAAAUACUGUGCAUGCACAUAAAUUGUGUGCGACUGCUUGCGCGUUCGAAGUGAAAGCGGCAAUUUUCUCGCGAUAGAGCGCGUGUUUAUUGCACGCGUUUUCCACCCGUUAACUGACUGCCCACACCACGCAAGGAAGUGCAGCAAAGCCCGACGGCUGCCGGUUUUUCUUGUGUUGUGAGGAUUAAAUGCUGAUUAAAACUAGGCUGUUUUAAAGUGGAGGAAACAGUUUUCGGCGUGAACCGUUAGACCAGUAUCGCGUUUCAGAACUCCGUCGGCAGAUCUGUUUGUCCGGCUAAUUGGAUUACCUCUUCAGCUCGCAAACGUAUUUCGAAGCUGAAUUCGAUUCACCACCAGACGCCGCCUGCCUCGGAAGAAAGAAGCCAGUAUCAAAUAAACCUAGCGGAAGUGUUUCGUUGCGCUACAACAAGUGAGAAGCGGAUUAACGGCGAGGGAAAAUAAUAAACAAGAGAAGUUUUUUUUUUUGUCGGUGUGUGAACGAUAGAUAAAGAAAGAAGAAAAGCACAAGAAGCGCAGAAGUGGAAUUAAAUUCGUUUUUUCUGCCUGAAGCGAAGCAAUAAGAAAAUUGUUAUUGGCCACUCGGAAGCAGCCACCGUCGCUUGUUAAUAGUGCUCGCAGUUUUUUUACCACCGUAAUCAUCAUUAUCCAGCCGCUCCGACGGUAUUUCCAUUUCGUCCACCCACCGACGGCCCAGUGCCUAGGAAGAGAGAUAGUGAGAGAUCGUAUGGUUUGAAAGUGUGGAUAAUUAAGCGUGUGGAAGUUUCGGGAAAUUAUUAGCCUCCGUCGGCCUGCCAAGCGUUUGCGGUCGUGUGUGUGUGUGAGAGAGUGCUUAGCUGAUUUCAAUUGUGAAUUAUUAAUGGUGUUAAAGUGCCGGCCUCGAAUAUAAUCAAUCCAGGGCGAAACCAGACCUCUUGAUUCGGUUAAAUAUGCCGCUUCUGCUGGAGGCUGUUCACCAAGAAUUCAGUCGAAAGUUUGUAGCCGCCGGAAGCCGCCGCUGUCAGUGUCAGAGCUGUCAUCGCUAGCGGUUCUAUUGUUUACCUAUUGCCAGGAAUACCAGUGCUAGUGAAUAUCGAACCAGUGUAUAGCAACUAGAGAAAAAAACCUUGUCAUACAGUUCAGUUCUAUCGAGGAAGUCGUUUGAUUUAUUUUGUUGCCACCAAGUGACACGAUGUAUCCAAAUUCAGGAAUCAACGCCGCGGCUGUAGCCGCCCGCCAUCCGGGCCCGCCACAGUCGACGCAGCCGUUCAAACUCACAAUCACCGAAAGUUGUGAUCGGAUAAAGGAGGAGUUCAACUUUCUGCAAGCACAAUAUCACAAUUUAAAAAUGGAAUGCGAAAAAUUAGCGCAGGACAAAACGGAAAUGCAACGGCACUAUGUGAUGUACUACGAGAUGUCCUAUGGAUUGAAUGUGGAAAUGCACAAACAGACGGAAAUCGCGAAAAGGUUAAAUGCGAUAAUCACUCAGAUCGUACCGUUUCUGUCCCAGGAGCACCAGCAGCAGGUUCUAACCGCGGUCGAACGGGCGAAGCAGAUUACCGUGUCCGAACUGAAUGCUGUGAUAGGGCAGCAACAACGUCCCGACCUGCCCCGGUUGCUGCAGCAGAUGCACGCACAGCAAAUCCCCGGAGCGCACGGUGCCCCACCGAUGCCGGUGGGGAUGCCACAUCCUAGUCUCGGCCCGGGCGGUCUCGGUGGACCGUUGGGUGCACUGGGCAGUACACCACCGCAACAUCCGUUGGCCAUUCUGAACAAACAGGAACUGCACCGGCCGGAAGAAUCGAAGAGCAGCAAUAGCAACAUUAUGCCAUUGGACGAUCGGCACCGGAGUUCCAUUUCCCCGAACGACCGGGACAAGUAUCGACCCCGAACGCCAGAAUCAUCCCACGAGCUGAAGAAGGUCAAGAAGGAGGAGAAGGACAUGGGCCAUCAGUCCGAUGGUGAAAAAUCCGACCAGGAUCUGGUGGUGGACGACGCGUCCGAGAUCAACCCGAUGAGUCCGAUGCCGAAUCAGCAUCAUAAUGGAACAGCCUCACCGCGAGAAAACGGCAUGAUGGCCAAAAAGAUGGACGUCCAGGAUCGAGAUCGCAUCGGUACCCAUUCGCCACGAUCAGGAACCUCCUCGAAUGCGUCCACUCCUUCAAACAAGAAGCUUGAUGAUAAACCGACGACUCCAAUCGCCAAACCUGCCACUCCCACCAAUUCCGCAGCCAGCAACGGGGUGCCAAAGGUAGUGAAUAAGCCCCCGGUGCUUAAUCCGGGUUACCCACCGUACCUCGCAGGACCACUCAAUGGAGCUCCCCAUGAUCUACAAGCCGCCUACGGUGGUCCUGGAGUGCACAAUAACCUGCCGCACUCUCUCAAUAACUAUGCCCGAGCUCCGCUGGCUUUCGAUCCCCAUCCGCAGAUGCGAGCACCGCUCGGUCCGAUGGCGAUUCCCGGAGGAAAACCUGCGUACUCGUUUCACGUAAACGCGGAAGGCCAAAUGCAGCCGGUGCCCUUUCCUCAGGAUGCCCUGGUAGGUACGGGGAUACCUCGGCAUGCUCGGCAAAUUAGUUCCCUGAACCACGGCGAAGUUGUAUGCGCCGUCACGAUCUCCAACCCCACCAAGUACGUGUACACCGGUGGUAAAGGUUGCGUCAAGGCGUGGGACAUUUCCCAGCCCAGCAACAAGAAUCCAGUGUCUCAGCUAGAUUGUCUGCAACGCGACAACUACAUCCGCUCAGUGAAGCUGCUUCCGGACGGCCGAACGCUGAUCGUCGGCGGUGAGGCAUCCAAUCUAUCCAUCUGGGAUCUCGCUAGUCCAACCCCGCGUAUCAAGGCGGAGCUGACCUCGAAUGCACCCGCCUGUUAUGCGCUUGCUAUCUCUCCCGACUCGAAAGUGUGCUUCUCGUGCUGCUCCGAUGGCAAUAUUGCCGUGUGGGAUCUCCAAAACCAAACAUUGGUGCGGCAGUUCCAAGGUCACACCGAUGGAGCAUCCUGCAUUGAUAUUAGCGCUGAUGGUACAAAACUUUGGACCGGAGGACUGGACAACACCGUGCGGUCCUGGGAUCUUCGGGAAGGUCGCCAACUGCAGCAGCACGACUUCACCUCGCAGAUCUUCUCGCUUGGUUACUGUCCAACUGGUGAAUGGCUCGCGGUCGGCAUGGAGAACUCCAACGUUGAGGUGCUGCACGCCAGUAAACCCGACAAGUAUCAGCUCCACCUGCACGAGAGCUGUGUGCUCAGUUUGAAAUUCGCCGCCUGCGGAAAGUGGUUUGUGUCCACCGGCAAGGACAAUUUGCUGAACGCAUGGAAGACGCCCUACGGUGCAUCGAUCUUCCAGUCGAAGGAAUCAUCCUCCGUUCUGAGCUGUGAUAUCUCCGCGGACGAUAAGUACAUCGUGACCGGAUCGGGCGAUAAAAAGGCCACAGUCUACGAGGUCAUGUACUAGUGGUACUAGAGUCGUCCCCGUCUCGCAGCAUUGCUUGCAGCUUGGACAGAGCAAUUGAAGCUAAGCGAAGCAGAAAACCGAAAGUGUCAUAGAAUUUGUCGUCCGGUAAACCGACGGCAGAUCGCAACAGUGAACAGUAACAUUAACAGAAACCCCAACACAUGCAUAAUACAUACAAAAGUAAGCUAAAUAAUUAACAAACAAACAACAACAACCUGUAAAGCCUGAUUACACUCAUUAAGCUAUACUUUAAGACAGACAGACAGAAAGAAAGAUAUUGUUUGUAAAUGAAGCAAAGGAAUAGAACUAAUUCUAAUGUCUCAGUAAUGACAGCGAUAGAGUAAACUAUUCGUGUAAAAAGUUCAGCCUAAUCUUUUCGAUAGAGAUAAAUGCUCAAACGAGAAAAAGCAAGUAGUAACGCCACGUUAACAAAUUGUAGAUAAAAGUGCUCUCGAAAACAAGAAAACAAAAAACAUAAGAAAACAAAUUCAAUCUCUGACAAUGUUCUAUUUGUUGAAUUGUAAAAAAUAUACCCUUCCGAUGUGUCUCCCAACUGGAUGUUUUUAUUUGUGAAGCAAUCGAUUUCACCUAACCCAAGAACCAACGGAGGUCAGAUGCUUUUAGAGUCGUUCCUAUUUUCGAGGAACGCAAUUUCGUUUGUAGAGACAAAAAUACUUAUAACAUAAUGAUUCUACUGAUUGGGAUAUAAACAAAAAGCAUAGUUUAAGAACCCGACCCUGCUCCUCCCCUUCCGCAGAUUGAAUGUAGAACCAGUACAGAGUAAUGAAACGGCUAAGCUUUAGCUUGAGUAUAAGCGCUUGUGGAUCUUAGAAUUUAUAGAGCAACUAACUGCAGCUAAGGUCAUCUCUUAACGCAUAUUAGUAGAGCGAUUUAUCGGUAGAACCUAAUUCCGUUUUGUACGCCCCAUCGGCCUUCUGGUUGAUACUACGGCCAGUAUGAUCUGAGUGGCGCGUGGCAGCAAAAAAAAACUGAGAGCCUGUAGUUUAGUCUGACGCAAACAAACAACACCCCUUAGCGAUAAUUGUACCAGUAUAAGGUAGCGAACUCUGAACUAAGCGAAGCGCGCAGUACAGCUGAAAAUGUGUAAAGAACUUGUGUAAUUAUUGUUUUUAUGAAAAAAAUACCGAAAAUUGUUCUUAUUUUUCAAA